GGCGCCGGGCGCGGCGGGGCGGCGAGCGGAGCGGCGAGCGCGCGGCGUGGCGGGCGCCGUCCGAGCAGGGAGCAGACAGCGGACCCUGGCCGAGCGAGUUCUGCACGAUGAAUGGCCACGCCGCUCCUCCUCUCGACCUGCGGGUCACCAGUGGCACUGAGACGGCUGCUGUCCCCAAGACCGUGAAGGCCGUGCUGGGCGCUAGCAGCCCCUCCGGGCCCCCGGCCAAGGCAGCCGCAUCCACCCGGGCCGGGAGCAUCUCCGGGGUGUACGUGGAGGCCUCGGGCCAGGCCCGGAGUCUCUACGCUGCCAUGGAGCAGGGCCUCCUGUCCUCUGAGCUCGGGCUGGCUCUGCUGGAGGCCCAGGCGGCCACUGGGGGCCUGGUGGACCCCGCGCAGGGCCGGCUGCUCCUCGUACCUGAGGCUCUGCAGCAGGGCCUCGUGGGCCUGGAGCUGAAGGAGAAGCUGCUGGCCGCCGAGCGCGCCGUCACUGGGUACCCUGACCCCUAUGGGGGUGGGAAGCUGGCCCUCUUCCAGGCCAUCGGAAAGGGGGUUGUGGACAGGGCGCUGGGGUGGGGCUGGCUGGAGGCCCAGCUGGCCACGGGGGGCCUGGUGGACCCCAUCCAGGGCAUGCGUGUGGCCCCCGAGCUGGCCUGCCAGCAGGGCCUCCUGGACCAGGAGACGUGGCGCGAGCUGUCCGAGCUCGGGCCUGGCUCCGGUGCCCCAGGCUUCCUGGACCCCAACACGCUGGAGCGGCUGCCAUACCGCGAGCUGCUGGGCAGGUGUGUGCAGGCUCCCAGCACGGGGCUGGCCCUGCUGCCCCUCAGGAUCACUUUCCGUACCCUGAGCGGGGCGGUGAGCUCGGCCGAGCUGCUGGAGGUGGGGGUCCUGGACGAGGAGACAGCCCAAGGCCUGCGGGAGGGCCGACUGGCAGCGCCCGACGUGGGCACGCGGGCCGAGGUGCAGCGCUACCUGCACGGCACCGGCGGUGUGGCCGGGGUCGUUCUGCUGCCUGCAGGGCACAAGAAGAGCUUCUUCCAGGCCGCGGCCGAGCACCUGCUCCCCAUGGGCGCCGCGCUUCCGCUCCUGGAGGCUCAGGCUGCCACCCGCACGCUGGUGGACCCCGCCACCGGCCGGCAGCUGUGCGUGGACGCGGCGGUCAGGGCAGGCCUGGUUGGCCCAGAGCUCCACGGGCCGCUCCUGACAGCAGAGCAGGCGGUGACGGGGUACCAUGACCCCUUCAGUGGCACCCUCAUCCCUCUAUUCCAGGCCAUGAAGAAGGAGCUGGUGGACAGACCUCUGGCACUGAGGCUCCUGGAUGCCCAGUUGGCCACAGGCGGGCUCGUGUGUCCUGCCCGCAGGCUCCGGCUGCCCUUGGAAGCCGCUCUGCGCUUCGGCUGCCUGGACAAAGAGACUCAGCAGCACCUCUUGCAGGCGGCCGGCUUCGUGGACCCCGGCACACAGGAGAGCCUCAGCUACAGGGAGCUGCUGGCCCGCUGUGUCACCGACCCCGAGACGGGGCUGACCUUCCUGCCCAUCUCCGUGCGGAGCCCUGGAGAGGAGCCACAGGGGCCCCCGUUCAUCGAGCACAGCACCCAGCAGGCCUUGAGAGCUGCCACAGCCACCAUCUCCGUGGGCGAGUUCCAGGGCCGGCCCCAGUCGCUCUGGGAGCUGCUUUUCUCCGAGGCAGUCCCCGUGGGGCAGAGGGUGACGCUGACCCAGCAGCACAGGGACGGGGCCCUCUCGCUAGGGGAGCUGGCAGCUGCACUGAGGGCCGCCCACGAGCAGGCCACAGCCGCUGCCAGGACCACGUUUGCCGGGCUGCGGGUCCCUGUGACGCCAGGAGAGCUGCUGGGAGCGGGGAUCAUUGACCAGGACGUGUACGAGCGGCUGGAACGAGGCCAGACCACAGCCCAGGCUGUGGGCAGCCUGCACGCCGUGCAGCGGUACUUGCGAGGCACCGGCUGCGUUGCUGGCCUGCUGCUGCCCGGGUCACAGGAGCCCCUCGGUGUCCACGAGGCUUGCAGGAAGGGGCUCCUCAGGCCCGGGACAGCCCUCAUCCUCCUGGAGGCACAGGCGGCCACCGGCUUCAUCAUUGACCCAAAAGAAAACAAGAGGUACUCGGUGGAGGAGGCGCUGAGGGCCGGUGUCAUUGGGCCUGACAUGUUUGCGAAGCUGCUGUCGGCCGAGCGCGCCGUCACCGGCUACACCGACCCCUACACCGGGGAGCAGAUCUCCCUCUUCCAGGCCAUGAAGAAGGACCUCAUCGUCCGGGACCAUGGCAUCCGCCUGCUGGAGGCCCAGAUCGCCACGGGUGGCGUCAUCGACCCCGUGCACAGCCACCGCGUGCCUGUGGACGUGGCCUACCAGCGCGGCUACCUCGACGAGGAGAUGAGCCGCGUCCUGGAGGACCCCAGCGACGACACCAAGGGCUUCUUCGACCCCAACACGCACGAGAACCUCACCUACGUGCAGCUGCUGGAGCGCUGUGUGCGCGACCCCGACACGGGGCUCUACCUGCUGCCACUCACGAGCAAGCGGCCCCCGCUGGUGGACGCUGCCACCCGGCAGGCCUUCCAGAGCCUCAAGCUGUUGGUGAAGCACGGGCGGUUCCGGGGACAGAGGGUCUCCGCGUGGGCGCUGAUCACCUCGGAGUGUGUCCGUGAGGAGUGCCGGAGGCAGCUCCUGCAGCAGUUCCGGCGGCACCAGCUCUCCCUGGAGCAGGUCUCCGAGCUGCUGGAGAGGGAGGUGGAGCGCUGGGCGGACGUCACACUGCCUGCGCUGCGGGGCCGGGUGACUGCCUGCCAGCUCCGGGAGGCCCACAUCAUUGACCAGGAGCUCCUAGACCAGGUGCUGGCGGGGACGGUCAGCCCCGAGGCCCUACUCCGCAUGGACAGCGUCCGCAGCUACCUGCUUGGCUCGGGUGCUGUGGGUGGCGUGCUGCUGCAGCCCUCCAACCGGCCGCUCAGCAUCUACCAGGCCAUGAAGCAGAAGCUGCUAGGGCCAGGUGUGGCCCUGGCCCUGCUGGAGGCCCAGGCAGCCACCGGAGGCAUGAUGGACCCCCACAGUGCGGAGACCAUGUCCGUGGGUGAGGCCGUGCGCCGGGGGCUGGUGGGGCCAGAGCUCUACGGCAGACUGAGGCGAGCUGAGGAGGCCGUCACUGGCUUUGUCGACCCCUUCUCUGGGGAGCGGGUGUCCCUGUUCCAGGCCAUGAAGAAGGGCCUUGUCCCUGCCGACCAAGCUGUCCGUCUCCUGGAAGCCCAGGUAGCCACGGGAGGGGUCAUCGACCCGAAAGGCCACCACCGCCUCCCCGUGUCUGUGGGCACCCAGCGUGGCUGCAUCGACCGGGACACGGUGUCGGCCUUGUCCAGCUCCGAGACCUUCCCCACGCCGGACGGCCGGGGACACACCAGCUAUGCCCAGCUCCUGGAGCAGUCUGUGAGGCACGAGACCUCCGGCCUUCACCUCCUGCCCCUGCCAGAAAGUGCUCCUGCGGUCCCCACGGACGAGCAGGUCCAGGAGACCCUGAAGGCCACUCCGGGGGCUGAAGGCGGCACGUCCCUCUGGGAGCUGCUGGCCUCCUGCCACUUCACGGAGGAGCAGCGGAGGGGCUUCCUGGAGGACUUCAGGGUGGGGAAGACCACGGUGCAGCAGCUACAGGCGGCCGUGCGGAGGCGGGUGCAGGGGGCGGAGCUCCUGGCGCAGGCCCGCCUCUCACUGUCCGGCCCACGGGGCAGGGUUCCCAUCACCUGGCUGCUGGACGCUGGCGUCAUCUCCCAGGAGACCCUGGAGGCCCUGGCUCAGGGCAAGCUGUCGCCGGCCGAGGUUGCAGUGCAGCCCGCGGUGCAGGCCUGCCUGUGGGGCACGGGCUGCGUGGCCGGUGUGCUCCUGCAGCCCUCAGGGGCCAAGGCGACCAUCGCCCAGGCCGUGAGGGACGGCCUCAUGCCCGCGGGCCUGGGGCAGAGACUGCUGGAGGCCCAGGUGGCGUCUGGCUCUCUUGUUGACCCUCUGACCAACCAGAGACUGUCAGUGGAGGGCGCAGUCAAGGCUGGCCUGGUGGCCGGGGCACUGAGCGAACAGCUCUGGCAGGUGGAGAGGGCAGUGGCCGGGUACGUGGACCCCUGCUCAGGGGGCGCCCUCUCACUAUGGCAGGCCGUGCAGAAGGGCCUGGUGCCCCAGAGCGAGGGCUUUCCCCUCCUGCAGGCACAGCUGGCCACGGGGGGUGCGGUGGACCCUGUCCACGGGGUGCACCUGCCCCAGCCGGCAGCCUGCAGGCUUGGUCUUCUGGACGAGCAGACAAGCAGGGUGCUGACCUCGACAGAUGAGGACAGCAAGUUCUUCUUUGACCCCAGCACACGGGAGAGGGUGACCUAUGGGCAGCUCAAGGAGCGCUGUGUCCUGGACGCCGACACUGGCCUGUGGCUGCUGCCACUCCCCCAGGACACGGCGCUAGAGGUGGACGACCACACGGCAGUGGCCCUGAGGGCCAUGAAGGUGCCAGUCGGGGCGGGGAGGUUCCGAGGGCUCAGCAUGUCUCUCUGGGACCUGCUGCACUCGGAGUACGUCGGGCUCUGCAGGCGGCGGGAGCUGGCAGCCCUCUGUCAGUCCGGGAGGGCCACGGCCCUGCGGCAGGUGGUCAGUGCUGUCACCACCUUGAUUGAGGCCUCAGAGAGACAGCACUCGCAGGCCGCCUUCAGGGGACUCCGGAAACAGCUGUCGGCCAGGGACCUAUUCAGGUCCCAGCUGAUCGACAAGAAGACGCUGGAUGAGCUGACCCAGGGGAAGAAGACGGUGCAGGAGGUGACGGAGAUGGACAGCGUGAGGCAGUUCUUGGAAGGAGGCAACUUCAUCGCCGGGGUCCUUGUUCAGGACACAGAGGAGAAGAUGAGCAUCUCAGAGGCCAUGUGGAAGGGCGUCCUGCGGCCGGGCACGGCCCUGGUGCUGCUGGAGGCGCAGGCGGCCACCGGCUUCAUCAUCGACCCCGUGCGCAACCAGAAGCUGUCCGUGGAGGAGGCGUUUGCGGCUGGGAUGUUCGGCAGGGAAACCUACCAGAAGCUGCUGUCGGCCGAGCGCGCCGUCACCGGCUACACCGACCCCUACACCGGGGAGCAGAUCUCCCUCUUCCAGGCCAUGAAGAAGGACCUCAUCGUCCGGGACCAUGGCAUCCGCCUGCUGGAGGCCCAGAUUGCCACGGGCGGCAUCAUCGACCCCGUGCACAGCCACCGCGUGCCCGUGGACGUGGCCUACCAGCGCGGCUACUUCGACGCGGAGAUGAAUCGCGUCCUGCAGGACCCCAGCGACGACACCAAGGGCUUCUUCGAUCCCAACACGCACGAGAACCUCACCUACCUGCAGCUGCUGGAGCGCUGCGUGGAGGAUCCCGAGACAGGGCUCUACCUGCUGCAAGUUGUAAAGAAAGGAGAAACCUACGUGUAUACAGAUGAAGCCACGAGGCAAGCUCUGCAAUCCAGAACUACCAAAAUGCACGUGGGGAGGUUUGCCGACCAGAUGGUCUCCUUCUGGGACCUGCUGUCCUCUCCGUACUUCACAGAGGAGAGGAAGAGAGGGCUCCUCCGGGAGUACAGAGCCCAGAAAGUCAGCCUAGAGCAGUUGCUGAAGGUCAUCACCACAACAGUCGAAGACACAGAAAAGCAAAACCAGGCCAUCAAGGUGGCAGGCAUUGGAGGGGAAGUGACAGCUGCAGAGCUGUUCAACUCAGGGGUCAUCGAUAAGAAGACCCUGGACACCCUGCACCGCAGGGGGGCCGGGGGGCAGGACCUUUGCCAACUGCAGCACGUGAAGACAUCCCUGGAAGGCAGUGGCUGCAUUGCAGGGGUGACCACACCCUCCACCCAGGAGGUGGUGAGCGUCUACGAGGCCAGCAGGAAAGGACUUAUCCCCCCAGGGUUUGCAGCCCAGCUGCUGGAGGCUCAGGCGGCCACAGGGUUCAUGCUGGACCCCCACGGCCACCAGAGGCUCUCUGUGGAUGAGGCCGUGGCUGCCGGCCUGGUGGGCGAAGAGCUGCAGGGAAGGCUCCUGCGUGCCGAGAAGGCAGCCAGGGGCUACACAGACCCGGCCACGGGACACACAAUCUCGGUGUUUGAGGCGAUGAAGAAAAACAUGUUGCAGCGGGAGCUGGGGCUCAGACUGCUCGAGGUGCAGGUGGCCACUGGAGGCAUCGUGGACCCGCUGCACCACCACCGGCUGCCGCUGGAGACCGCCUACCGACGCGGUCUUCUGGACCGGGACACGCACCCGCUUGUGGCGGAGCAGAAGUGCAUGAAUAAAAGGUUUGUGGAUCCCAACACCCAGGAGAAGGUGACGUACCAAGAGCUGCAGCAGAGGAGCCACCGGGAGCAGGGCAGGGACUGGGCCCUGUUCCCUGUGAUCAGCGAUGCCCGGGACCCCUUGUUCAUAGACCAGGCAACCAGGAAGGCCCUAGAGGCCGAGCGGGUGGAAGUAACGGUAGGAAGGUUCAAGGGCCAAAGGCCAUCGGUCUGGGAACUGCUGAACUCAGAAUAUUUGACAGAGGACAAAAAACUUGAAUUAGUAUUAAAGUACAAAACGGACACAACACAUACAUUACAGAAGGUAGUAAAAGUCAUCAUCGAGGUGAUUGAGGAAAAGGAAGAGGGGAACGAGCAGCUGUGGUUCAGAGGAAUCAGGAGGCAGGUCACCGCCUCGGAGCUCCUCCAAUCAGGCAUCAUCACUCAGGACAUGAUGCAGGACCUGCAAGCGGGUCGCAGCCGCGCGGAGGACCUCACAGAAAGUGAGGUAGUCAAGCGCUACCUGGAGGGCACCAGCUGCAUCGCGGGCGUGCUGGUGCCCGCCAAGGACGAGCCCGGGCGCCAGGAGAAGAUGAGCAUCUACCAGGCCAUGUGGAAGGGCGUCCUGCGGCCGGGCACGGCCCUGGUGCUGCUGGAGGCGCAGGCGGCCACCGGCUUCGUCAUCGACCCCGUGCGCAACCAGAAGCUGUCCGUGGAGGAGGCGGUGGCCGCGGGCGUGGUGGGCGGCGAGCUCCAGGAGAAGCUGCUGUCGGCCGAGCGCGCCGUCACCGGCUACACCGACCCCUACACCGGGGAGCAGAUCUCCCUCUUCCAGGCCAUGAAGAAGGACCUCAUCGUCCGGGACCAUGGCAUCCGCCUGCUGGAGGCCCAGAUCGCCACGGGCGGCGUCAUCGACCCCGUGCACAGCCACCGCGUGCCCGUGGACGUGGCCUACCAGCGCGGCUACUUCGACGAGGAGAUGAGCCGCGUCCUGGAGGACCCCAGCGACGACACCAAGGGCUUCUUCGACCCCAACACGCACGAGAACCUCACCUACGUGCAGCUGCUGCGCCGCUGCGUGCGCGACCCCGACACGGGGCUCUACAUGCUGCAGCUGGCCGGCCGGGGCUCCGCCGUGCACCAGCUGGGCGAGGAGCUGCGCGCCGCCCUGCGGGACACCCGCGUGACGCCGGGCUCGGGCCUCCUCGGGGGCCAGAGCGUCUCCGUCUGGGAGCUCCUCUUCUACCGGGAGGUGUCCGAGAGCCAGCGGCAGGACCUGCUGCGCCGGUACCGGGCGGGCUCGCUGACCGCGCAGGAGGUGGGCGCCGCCCUGGCCUCGCUGCUGGCCGAGGCCGAGGCUCGGGGGGCCCUGCGUGCCGCCACCAUGGAGGUCCGGGUGGGCCGCCUGCGGGGGCCCGCGGUGCCCGUGUGGGACGUGCUGGCAUCCAGCUACGUGAGCGGCGCCACGCGGGAGCAGCUGCUGGCCCAGUUCGCGUCGGGGGCGCUGGGCCUGCCCGCGCUGACCUGCAGGCUGAGCGCCAUCAUCGAGGAGGCCGAGGGGGCCCACGGGACCGGGCCCGAGCCCGAGCCCGCCCCGGCGGGCGCCGCCCCCGGCCAGCGGGAGCCCGGGCCCCACGGGCUCGGCGCCGGCGGUGACGGCGACGCGGGACCCUCCCCGGGCCAGGCCGAGGCCGAGGCCGCCGGGGCCGCCCAGGAGCGGGCCCUGCGGGCCGCCACCGUGGAGGUGCACGCCGGGCGGUUCCGCGGGCGGCCCGUCUCCGUGUGGGACGUCCUCUUCUCCUCCUACCUGAGCCAGGCCCGCCGGGACGAGCUCCUGGCCCAGCACGCGGCCGGCACCCUGGCCCUGCCCGCCCUGGGCGCCGUGCUCACCCAGGUCAUCGAGGAGACGGAGGAGCGGCUGAGCAAGGUGUCCUUCCGGGGCCUGCGGCGCCAGGUGUCCGCGUCCGAGCUGCACACGUCCGGCAUCCUGGGCCCCGAGACCCUGCGGGACCUGGCCCAGGGCACCAAGACCCUGCAGGAGGUGACGGAGAUGGACUCGGUGAAGCGCUACCUGGAGGGCACCAGCUGCAUCGCGGGCGUGCUGGUGCCCGCCAAGGACGAGCCCGGGCGCCAGGAGAAGAUGAGCAUCUACCAGGCCAUGUGGAAGGGCGUCCUGCGGCCGGGCACGGCCCUGGUGCUGCUGGAGGCGCAGGCGGCCACCGGCUUCGUCAUCGACCCCGUGCGCAACCAGAAGCUGUCCGUGGAGGAGGCGGUGGCCGCGGGCGUGGUGGGCGGCGAGCUCCAGGAGAAGCUGCUGUCGGCCGAGCGCGCCGUCACCGGCUACACCGACCCCUACACCGGGGAGCAGAUCUCCCUCUUCCAGGCCAUGAAGAAGGACCUCAUCGUCCGGGACCAUGGCAUCCGCCUGCUGGAGGCCCAGAUCGCCACGGGCGGCGUCAUCGACCCCGUGCACAGCCACCGCGUGCCCGUGGACGUGGCCUACCAGCGCGGCUACUUCGACGAGGAGAUGAGCCGCGUCCUGGAGGACCCCAGCGACGACACCAAGGGCUUCUUCGACCCCAACACGCACGAGAACCUCACCUACGUGCAGCUGCUGCGCCGCUGCGUGCGCGACCCCGACACGGGGCUCUACAUGCUGCAGCUGGCCGGCCGGGGCUCCGCCGUGCACCAGCUGGGCGAGGAGCUGCGCGCCGCCCUGCGGGACACCCGCGUGACGCCGGGCUCGGGCCUCCUCGGGGGCCAGAGCGUCUCCGUCUGGGAGCUCCUCUUCUACCGGGAGGUGUCCGAGAGCCAGCGGCAGGACCUGCUGCGCCGGUACCGGGCGGGCUCGCUGACCGCGCAGGAGGUGGGCGCCGCCCUGGCCUCGCUGCUGGCCGAGGCCGAGGCUCGGGGGGCCCUGCGUGCCGCCACCAUGGAGGUCCGGGUGGGCCGCCUGCGGGGGCCCGCGGUGCCCGUGUGGGACGUGCUGGCAUCCAGCUACGUGAGCGGCGCCACGCGGGAGCAGCUGCUGGCCCAGUUCGCGUCGGGGGCGCUGGGCCUGCCCGCGCUGACCUGCAGGCUGAGCGCCAUCAUCGAGGAGGCCGAGGGGGCCCACGGGACCGGGCCCGAGCCCGAGCCCGCCCCGGCGGGCGCCGCCCCCGGCCAGCGGGAGCCCGGGCCCCACGGGCUCGGCGCCGGCGGUGACGGCGACGCGGGACCCUCCCCGGGCCAGGCCGAGGCCGAGGCCGCCGGGGCCGCCCAGGAGCGGGCCCUGCGGGCCGCCACCGUGGAGGUGCACGCCGGGCGGUUCCGCGGGCGGCCCGUCUCCGUGUGGGACGUCCUCUUCUCCUCCUACCUGAGCCAGGCCCGCCGGGACGAGCUCCUGGCCCAGCACGCGGCCGGCACCCUGGCCCUGCCCGCCCUGGGCGCCGUGCUCACCCAGGUCAUCGAGGAGACGGAGGAGCGGCUGAGCAAGGUGUCCUUCCGGGGCCUGCGGCGCCAGGUGUCCGCGUCCGAGCUGCACACGUCCGGCAUCCUGGGCCCCGAGACCCUGCGGGACCUGGCCCAGGGCACCAAGACCCUGCAGGAGGUGACGGAGAUGGACUCGGUGAAGCGCUACCUGGAGGGCACCAGCUGCAUCGCGGGCGUGCUGGUGCCCGCCAAGGACGAGCCCGGGCGCCAGGAGAAGAUGAGCAUCUACCAGGCCAUGUGGAAGGGCGUCCUGCGGCCGGGCACGGCCCUGGUGCUGCUGGAGGCGCAGGCGGCCACCGGCUUCGUCAUCGACCCCGUGCGCAACCAGAAGCUGUCCGUGGAGGAGGCGGUGGCCGCGGGCGUGGUGGGCGGCGAGCUCCAGGAGAAGCUGCUGUCGGCCGAGCGCGCCGUCACCGGCUACACCGACCCCUACACCGGGGAGCAGAUCUCCCUCUUCCAGGCCAUGAAGAAGGACCUCAUCGUCCGGGACCAUGGCAUCCGCCUGCUGGAGGCCCAGAUCGCCACGGGCGGCGUCAUCGACCCCGUGCACAGCCACCGCGUGCCCGUGGACGUGGCCUACCAGCGCGGCUACUUCGACGAGGAGAUGAGCCGCGUCCUGGAGGACCCCAGCGACGACACCAAGGGCUUCUUCGACCCCAACACGCACGAGAACCUCACCUACGUGCAGCUGCUGCGCCGCUGCGUGCGCGACCCCGACACGGGGCUCUACAUGCUGCAGCUGGCCGGCCGGGGCUCCGCCGUGCACCAGCUGGGCGAGGAGCUGCGCGCCGCCCUGCGGGACACCCGCGUGACGCCGGGCUCGGGCCUCCUCGGGGGCCAGAGCGUCUCCGUCUGGGAGCUCCUCUUCUACCGGGAGGUGUCCGAGAGCCAGCGGCAGGACCUGCUGCGCCGGUACCGGGCGGGCUCGCUGACCGCGCAGGAGGUGGGCGCCGCCCUGGCCUCGCUGCUGGCCGAGGCCGAGGCUCGGGGGGCCCUGCGUGCCGCCACCAUGGAGGUCCGGGUGGGCCGCCUGCGGGGGCCCGCGGUGCCCGUGUGGGACGUGCUGGCAUCCAGCUACGUGAGCGGCGCCACGCGGGAGCAGCUGCUGGCCCAGUUCGCGUCGGGGGCGCUGGGCCUGCCCGCGCUGACCUGCAGGCUGAGCGCCAUCAUCGAGGAGGCCGAGGGGGCCCACGGGACCGGGCCCGAGCCCGAGCCCGCCCCGGCGGGCGCCGCCCCCGGCCAGCGGGAGCCCGGGCCCCACGGGCUCGGCGCCGGCGGUGACGGCGACGCGGGACCCUCCCCGGGCCAGGCCGAGGCCGAGGCCGCCGGGGCCGCCCAGGAGCGGGCCCUGCGGGCCGCCACCGUGGAGGUGCACGCCGGGCGGUUCCGCGGGCGGCCCGUCUCCGUGUGGGACGUCCUCUUCUCCUCCUACCUGAGCCAGGCCCGCCGGGACGAGCUCCUGGCCCAGCACGCGGCCGGCACCCUGGCCCUGCCCGCCCUGGGCGCCGUGCUCACCCAGGUCAUCGAGGAGACGGAGGAGCGGCUGAGCAAGGUGUCCUUCCGGGGCCUGCGGCGCCAGGUGUCCGCGUCCGAGCUGCACACGUCCGGCAUCCUGGGCCCCGAGACCCUGCGGGACCUGGCCCAGGGCACCAAGACCCUGCAGGAGGUGACGGAGAUGGACUCGGUGAAGCGCUACCUGGAGGGCACCAGCUGCAUCGCGGGCGUGCUGGUGCCCGCCAAGGACGAGCCCGGGCGCCAGGAGAAGAUGAGCAUCUACCAGGCCAUGUGGAAGGGCGUCCUGCGGCCGGGCACGGCCCUGGUGCUGCUGGAGGCGCAGGCGGCCACCGGCUUCGUCAUCGACCCCGUGCGCAACCAGAAGCUGUCCGUGGAGGAGGCGGUGGCCGCGGGCGUGGUGGGCGGCGAGCUCCAGGAGAAGCUGCUGUCGGCCGAGCGCGCCGUCACCGGCUACACCGACCCCUACACCGGGGAGCAGAUCUCCCUCUUCCAGGCCAUGAAGAAGGACCUCAUCGUCCGGGACCAUGGCAUCCGCCUGCUGGAGGCCCAGAUCGCCACGGGCGGCGUCAUCGACCCCGUGCACAGCCACCGCGUGCCCGUGGACGUGGCCUACCAGCGCGGCUACUUCGACGAGGAGAUGAGCCGCGUCCUGGAGGACCCCAGCGACGACACCAAGGGCUUCUUCGACCCCAACACGCACGAGAACCUCACCUACGUGCAGCUGCUGCGCCGCUGCGUGCGCGACCCCGACACGGGGCUCUACAUGCUGCAGCUGGCCGGCCGGGGCUCCGCCGUGCACCAGCUGGGCGAGGAGCUGCGCGCCGCCCUGCGGGACACCCGCGUGACGCCGGGCUCGGGCCUCCUCGGGGGCCAGAGCGUCUCCGUCUGGGAGCUCCUCUUCUACCGGGAGGUGUCCGAGAGCCAGCGGCAGGACCUGCUGCGCCGGUACCGGGCGGGCUCGCUGACCGCGCAGGAGGUGGGCGCCGCCCUGGCCUCGCUGCUGGCCGAGGCCGAGGCUCGGGGGGCCCUGCGUGCCGCCACCAUGGAGGUCCGGGUGGGCCGCCUGCGGGGGCCCGCGGUGCCCGUGUGGGACGUGCUGGCAUCCAGCUACGUGAGCGGCGCCACGCGGGAGCAGCUGCUGGCCCAGUUCGCGUCGGGGGCGCUGGGCCUGCCCGCGCUGACCUGCAGGCUGAGCGCCAUCAUCGAGGAGGCCGAGGGGGCCCACGGGACCGGGCCCGAGCCCGAGCCCGCCCCGGCGGGCGCCGCCCCCGGCCAGCGGGAGCCCGGGCCCCACGGGCUCGGCGCCGGCGGUGACGGCGACGCGGGACCCUCCCCGGGCCAGGCCGAGGCCGAGGCCGCCGGGGCCGCCCAGGAGCGGGCCCUGCGGGCCGCCACCGUGGAGGUGCACGCCGGGCGGUUCCGCGGGCGGCCCGUCUCCGUGUGGGACGUCCUCUUCUCCUCCUACCUGAGCCAGGCCCGCCGGGACGAGCUCCUGGCCCAGCACGCGGCCGGCACCCUGGCCCUGCCCGCCCUGGGCGCCGUGCUCACCCAGGUCAUCGAGGAGACGGAGGAGCGGCUGAGCAAGGUGUCCUUCCGGGGCCUGCGGCGCCAGGUGUCCGCGUCCGAGCUGCACACGUCCGGCAUCCUGGGCCCCGAGACCCUGCGGGACCUGGCCCAGGGCACCAAGACCCUGCAGGAGGUGACGGAGAUGGACUCGGUGAAGCGCUACCUGGAGGGCACCAGCUGCAUCGCGGGCGUGCUGGUGCCCGCCAAGGACGAGCCCGGGCGCCAGGAGAAGAUGAGCAUCUACCAGGCCAUGUGGAAGGGCGUCCUGCGGCCGGGCACGGCCCUGGUGCUGCUGGAGGCGCAGGCGGCCACCGGCUUCGUCAUCGACCCCGUGCGCAACCAGAAGCUGUCCGUGGAGGAGGCGGUGGCCGCGGGCGUGGUGGGCGGCGAGCUCCAGGAGAAGCUGCUGUCGGCCGAGCGCGCCGUCACCGGCUACACCGACCCCUACACCGGGGAGCAGAUCUCCCUCUUCCAGGCCAUGAAGAAGGACCUCAUCGUCCGGGACCAUGGCAUCCGCCUGCUGGAGGCCCAGAUCGCCACGGGCGGCGUCAUCGACCCCGUGCACAGCCACCGCGUGCCCGUGGACGUGGCCUACCAGCGCGGCUACUUCGACGAGGAGAUGAGCCGCGUCCUGGAGGACCCCAGCGACGACACCAAGGGCUUCUUCGACCCCAACACGCACGAGAACCUCACCUACGUGCAGCUGCUGCGCCGCUGCGUGCGCGACCCCGACACGGGGCUCUACAUGCUGCAGCUGGCCGGCCGGGGCUCCGCCGUGCACCAGCUGGGCGAGGAGCUGCGCGCCGCCCUGCGGGACACCCGCGUGACGCCGGGCUCGGGCCUCCUCGGGGGCCAGAGCGUCUCCGUCUGGGAGCUCCUCUUCUACCGGGAGGUGUCCGAGAGCCAGCGGCAGGACCUGCUGCGCCGGUACCGGGCGGGCUCGCUGACCGCGCAGGAGGUGGGCGCCGCCCUGGCCUCGCUGCUGGCCGAGGCCGAGGCUCGGGGGGCCCUGCGUGCCGCCACCAUGGAGGUCCGGGUGGGCCACCUGCGGGGGCCCGCGGUGCCCGUGUGGGACGUGCUGGCAUCCAGCUACGUGAGCGGCGCCACGCGGGAGCAGCUGCUGGCCCAGUUCGCGUCGGGGGCGCUGGGCCUGCCCGCGCUGACCUGCAGGCUGAGCGCCAUCAUCGAGGAGGCCGAGGGGGCCCACGGGACCGGGCCCGAGCCCGAGCCCGCCCCGGCGGGCGCCGCCCCCGGCCAGCGGGAGCCCGGGCCCCACGGGCUCGGCGCCGGCGGUGACGGCGACGCGGGACCCUCCCCGGGCCAGGCCGAGGCCGAGGCCGCCGGGGCCGCCCAGGAGCGGGCCCUGCGGGCCGCCACCGUGGAGGUGCACGCCGGGCGGUUCCGCGGGCGGCCCGUCUCCGUGUGGGACGUCCUCUUCUCCUCCUACCUGAGCCAGGCCCGCCGGGACGAGCUCCUGGCCCAGCACGCGGCCGGCACCCUGGCCCUGCCCGCCCUGGGCGCCGUGCUCACCCAGGUCAUCGAGGAGACGGAGGAGCGGCUGAGCAAGGUGUCCUUCCGGGGCCUGCGGCGCCAGGUGUCCGCGUCCGAGCUGCACACGUCCGGCAUCCUGGGCCCCGAGACCCUGCGGGACCUGGCCCAGGGCACCAAGACCCUGCAGGAGGUGACGGAGAUGGACUCGGUGAAGCGCUACCUGGAGGGCACCAGCUGCAUCGCGGGCGUGCUGGUGCCCGCCAAGGACGAGCCCGGGCGCCAGGAGAAGAUGAGCAUCUACCAGGCCAUGUGGAAGGGCGUCCUGCGGCCGGGCACGGCCCUGGUGCUGCUGGAGGCGCAGGCGGCCACCGGCUUCGUCAUCGACCCCGUGCGCAACCAGAAGCUGUCCGUGGAGGAGGCGGUGGCCGCGGGCGUGGUGGGCGGCGAGCUCCAGGAGAAGCUGCUGUCGGCCGAGCGCGCCGUCACCGGCUACACCGACCCCUACACCGGGGAGCAGAUCUCCCUCUUCCAGGCCAUGAAGAAGGACCUCAUCGUCCGGGACCAUGGCAUCCGCCUGCUGGAGGCCCAGAUCGCCACGGGCGGCGUCAUCGACCCCGUGCACAGCCACCGCGUGCCCGUGGACGUGGCCUACCAGCGCGGCUACUUCGACGAGGAGAUGAGCCGCGUCCUGGAGGACCCCAGCGACGACACCAAGGGCUUCUUCGACCCCAACACGCACGAGAACCUCACUUAUAAACAGCUGAUGCAGCGGGCUGCUCGUGACCCCGAAACAGGUCUAUUAUUUCUGUGUCUUUUUGUAAAGUGAGUGGGUAUUUUUUCUAAUGGUGGCCUUUUUUCUAUUCUCAAAAAUGUAUGACAAUAUUUCUGAAGGUUUUUCUUGGUGUGGCGACGUUUCUGUUCAGUAUGUUUCGCUUACUCACUUGUCGGACUACCUGCCCCUGUCUUUCGUCUUUUAUUGCUUUGGUUCUUCAUCGCAUUAAAUGAAAAGGAGUAUUCUUUGUGCCGUUUUUGUCUUCACUCCUGGUAUUAUUUGUUCUGAUUUUUGAACUAAAUUUCACAAGUGGCUAUUUUGAUAGACGCUUUUGCAUUUAGAGCGAAGGAGUCUUUCUCCUUACCUGGCCUGUGCCCCUGCAGUGUGUCCGUGAAUGUGUUAUGUUCCUGUUUUAAUUAAACACAUU